AUGGGCAGUGGUGAAGGCACUACAGGGCGGGCGAAUGUUAUCUACAACUUUGCGAUAGGCUCCAAUGUGAACACGGAACGCCUUCGUACGCGAGCGCGCUGGCUUGGUGAUCAAGCCGAAAUCAAGUUCCUCAGUGCUGAGCCGGCGGUACUUCGCGGCUACCGCAUCGUGUUCAACACGCCGGGGUUUCCCCCCGCAGAAGCAGCGUUCUGCUCCGUGCGAGCUUGUGAGUGUGGCGGCGGUAGGCGCUGCCCGAGCGAGGUGCACGGCGUGCUCUAUGCAUUCGACCGUGCUUCGUACGAGUUGCUUUGGGUGACUGAAGGAGGCCUUGGCGGGCGCGAGUACGGCUCCAGUUACGUGGAGCGGCGCGUGCACGUGGAGACCUACAGGCGUCCGGGGGUGCUCCACGAGGCGAUUAUCUUCGAGACACGGCCCAGUCGAACAGUGGAGACCUGGUAUCGACGCUGGCUACGACGUGACGUUUAUCGACGACGCUGGCUCGCGAGCGAGUUCCGCUGCAUUGCGACGAGUGCUAUGGGUGCACUCGAACAAGAACUCGCUGCGCAACGCGUGGCGAAUGCCGCGGAUCAAGUUGCGUCCACUUCAUGGUUGCCGAAAAACGGCAGUGCUGCACUCCCGCUGUGGUAUACGCAGCAUGCGCAUGUGCUGGAGGUGACCCAGGCGUUGCCACAGGAUCAUUCCGAUCGAAUAGCACUGGAGCUGGAACGGGUGCUCAUUCGACCGUCCAUGCGAUAUCUGGGUCUUAUUCGGGACGGCGCUUUGCAGUCCGGACUCGAUGCAGACUACAGGCGGUUACUUGAAACCUAUAUGGUGCACUGGCGGGUCUCGUGUCCAUGUGCAGCGCGACCGCAGCCACUCCAGGGGUGGCUUACGGUGUCUGUGAACAUGUCGACGCCGGGGUUCUUCCGGUGGCUGUGGUGGGCGCACCUCACCGGUCGCAAGCGUGUUCUACGCUUUCUGUACCAGCUCUGGAAUCGCUGGUUUCUACGGGUUCUCAGUUUCUUUGCGAUGGAGCGCGAGUUACAUGCGAUGCGGCUGGCGCAGCGAACGCACGCCUGUAUAGGGAAACCGCAAGUGCUUCUCCACUGGGUAGCGGUGUACUUUUGCAGUGUGAUAAUUUUGAUAUGGACGCUGCCGAUUGCGCUCGCUGGCCUGCUUUAUGGAAGGGGCAACUUCUUUCAUGUGCGAGCAUCGACGCCGGCGCUUGUUCCAGGGAAUGCUGCACCCGCAGCGCGGUCUGCGAAUGUACACGCAUAG